CUUGUUUGCUCGUUCCCAGAUUCUUCAAUAUAGAUAGUUCUUUACUCGCGAAUGGCCGUCACGUUGUGAAAGGCGAGCGUUUAUCGAGAAGCGCAUUCUAUUUUCGCCGCGUUCUAGGUCUCAAGGCCUGCAAAGCGAAAAAUUGCUGCAGAGCAUAAGAAGAGAGCAAACAAGCGACUGGGAAGUGGAAAACCCGCCGCAAGUUCGCCGCAGGACCGCGUAAUAAAGACAUAGCUUCGCAAGUAUUGCGUGCGUUGCACCAGCAAGCAAAAUUGAAGAGAGCUGUGCGCUUGAGCUGCUGCAGUUGCGCUACGCUGAAAGGUAAGCGUAAAAUCAAGUAGAAGGUGUCACUUCGCCAAGCUUUGUCGCUUAAUUUUGAGAGAGCGUAUCUUGAGAAACAUGGAUGAAGCGAUUGACGAUGAAAAAAAUGUUAUGGGAGAGGAAGAAGAUCCUAAUAUCUGCAGGGAUUACCAAAGGGGUGUUUGCAAUAGGGGUAACAAGUGUAAGUUUGUCCACCCAGCAAACAUCAAGCCUCCGGACAGCGACAAACCCCCAGUCUGUCGCGAUUUUCAAAAUGGCACGUGCGAUCGCAAUAACUGCAAAUAUCUUCAUAUAACCAGUCAAGAGGAGCGGAUAUUUGUUGCUACUGGUAAGUUACCUGCCACCGUCGGUAGCACUCCAGUAGCCGCUCCCGCAGCCCCAAGAAGAGCCGCAGGUUUGGAUGUAUGCAAGGAUUUCCUAAAUAAUGUAUGUAGCCGAGGGAAUCGAUGUAAAUUCCGUCAUAUAAGCGAAUCAGAUUGGGAAACUGAAAAACGCCGCAUCGCUGUCAUUGAUGAGGAAAUGAACAGAAAGAGAAAGCGAGAUAGUUUCAGCGGCACUAGUCUGGACUACCAGUUUCUGAGCGACGAGAACGACAUGCUGCGACGCAAAGUUGCUGACCUUCAGCGACAGGUUGCCGAUUUGCGUGCGAUGAACGACACGCUAUAUGAGCAGAAUAUGCGCUACAGAUCACAGCUGAAAAGCGAGUUAGCAAGCAGUGACGCGCGUGUGGCGAUUUCUUAUCCGGGAUACUCCCGUGGGCGCGAGGAGCCUGUGCGCUACAUCCGGGAUUCUUUAGAAACCCAGAGCACUGUUUUUCCCGAGAGAGUGACGUCAACUGGGCAGACUAGCUCUUAUUCGCCGGCCAAUUACGCCAAAGACCCUACAUUUGACGGAUAUACAAGUUUCAGCCGAUAAACAGUGAUGAAAAUACAUUAUUUGAUUUCAAGGACCAAAUACUGUCACAUGUUUGCUUUUAACUCUGUAGGACAUAUUGCUUUUGUAUUCAAGUAGUCUUUUUUGAGUUUAUUACUGUUAUAGCUGUUUCGAAUGCGGAAACUAAAAUGCUUUUCUUUUAAGAAUUUUUUCAAGUUUGUUAAAAAAAUUCAAAAUUUUCGUCAGCCAUCUGCUUUUAUUCCUUCAUUCAAUGUUGAUUCCUUUCUCUUCCAUCAACUUCCUUUCAAAACAAGUAUAGGUAUGCAAUUUUGAAAGAAGCAACCCUUUUUUAUUGUAAAUGUCUCCCUUGCCUCUCUGUGCUGUUCAAGUUCUUCUUUCGCUUACUCGGAAAACGCAAUUCUGUGCUGGAAAAAUUCCUGACGUUUUUUCCUGAAUUCCUGAAUAAAAGUUUCAACAUUUAUUCGCAUAAAACACCAAAAGUUUACUAUAGGACUAAACAAGGAGAUCUCUGAUACUGCCCUGCAAGGAUGUAAGCCGAGAACAUUUGUUUUGAUUUAUCUUUUACAAACUAUGAAUUAGUUAUUUGAUUUAUAGUUUGCUAUUCACAAUAGCUAAAACAAAAGCCAAUCAGGCCAACUAUUUACAAAGCGUUUAUAUAAUACAAAGAAAUACAUUAAAUUAAAAAACCCUAACCAUAUAGUUCGUAGAGGCCAUUGUCUAUAGUUUUACAUAUCCUACAGUUGCAAUGCUUCAGAUAUUUUUUUGGAAACUCCCAAAGAGACUGUUUAGAAAGUUUUUAUUUUUGUUGGUAAUUUUGCCCCUACUUUUUUGCCCAUGAAUGUUACGAGUGGACAAAAAGUUAUGAGUUGGUGUAGUGUAUUCUGUCUUUUCUUCAGACAAUGUUGAAAAAAUCCCAAAGAAUACAGCAUGUUAAGAGGGAUAAUCAGACAGAAAUAUCUCGUUUCAUUAUAUAUAAGAGUAUAUAGGCUUUCUAAUUUAAUCUUCGUAACAAUCUGAAUCGCUAAGGUUCUCCUGAAAGGCGAACUUUGGAAAAAAUUGAAACAUUUUUAUUGGUGCGUGAGUGAUUAGAUAUGUGUUAGAGUCUUGUGGCGGGCGGGAAUCGGUCACCCCCUUAAAUGGUCACCCUUCCCUGGUCAUGCUGCUGGCCAAGCACAAAUGUUUAUUCAAACUGGCAAUUCCACCCCGUACGUUUUACGGACCGUUUACGAGACCCGCAUUUACUGUUAUGGGUGACGUCAAAGAUUUCAUGUUCUUCGAAUUGAGAGUACCAGAAAUUUGAGAAUGAAUAUUAUGGGUCACCUAAACCUGUCAUUGGGCGAAUUGUCAAUCAAAGACCGGUCCAGAGAUGUAGUGCUAGCAAAAAACGAAAGGGCUCAUGCCCAAAAUGUUUCGAAAGUAAUAGCAAAGUAGAAAUUGGCUACUUUUCGGCAUUAACAAUUGGGGGGGGGGGGGUGAUCACUACACCCUUGGUCUUGUCCAAUUAAAAUUACUGUUGGUCAGGGUGCUUUUGAUGCCUCGUGUAAACCCAGAAAAGCCGCCAAUGUACUUCAUACGCUCAUACCGUACUUCAAACCUUGUUACAAAACUACUGUCUCAAAUUGCUAAAACGUUUGGCUGUUUAUUUAAGGCUGUAUUACAUUCAAGCAACUUUUUAUCCUCCAUUCUGAAGUCCGACCCUCUUAUGAAGCUUUUCAAUCCCCUUAGGGUAAUUCGCACAACCUAAUCAAAAACUUAGCUUAACUCUACAAACAGUUCGUAGAAUUGAAGAUGUAAUGGCUAGUAUCGUGUAAGCUUUUUGACAGAACUUUUUAUUGCAAAAUUGAUGAUUCAUUUGGUACUCAUCUUAGGUCAAAUCUGUGGUCAAAUUAAAGCUCAAUUUUGGUUUCAGAGCUAUGUGAAAAAUAGUGAGAGUUUAGGGAAUCACGACAAUGGCUGGAUUCCUUUAGCUUCGAACGUUGAACAACCACAUAAAUCACAAUAUCAUGUAUGAUUCAGGGACCGCGUACUACUCUAAAAGUGGAGGGGCUGAAAUGGGUGUGACCGAAAUUUUUUGAGGCCAUGCCCUCUAGAACGUCGGAAUACGCAACUUUUAGAAACUGCUUGCUUAAUUCUAUUGAAUUUUUAUAAAGAGUCUGGUUCAGAGAAGUAUCAAUAGCUAUAAAAAUUGAUAUAAUUAGCUCGAGGGUAAUAAAAAACCAAGUUAACCAAGUUAGAAAAUACAUCAUAUCAUUAAACAAGAUGAAACACCUAGGAAAAGAACAAAAAUGGUUCCCAGUCCAGAAGGAUUGCUACUUCAUAGGAGUAAACUAUCCAAAGUUGCGUUAGAGUAAACCUUCAAAAACAUUUUCUAGCCUAUUAUUACAAAAAAGUGGGUGGGCUAUAGCCAAAUGGCUGCGCGGUGCGUGGUAUGAUUUUCACCAAAAUUCCGACAUCACGGAGUCUAGAAAACAUUACGGUUCAGGGACGUCGGAUCACAUUUUGGAGGAGAGAGAGAGAGAGAGAGAGACAGAGAGAGAGAGAGGGGGGGGGGGGCUGUGGACAAGUUGGCAAAGAUUCAUGGUACUCUGCCAAAAGUUCAUCCGGAGAAAGGUUGAAGCGAUUUCAGAACCCUGCAAUGUAGCAGUUGCACCAAUAUAAAAACUUCUCAUAAACCGCUAUUUCAAUUUGAAGUUGUCAAAUUAUUAACUCUUCAUCAUUUUUAAUUGAGAAAGCUCUCGAAGUGUCAUUCCCUAAUGGUUGAUCAAUGCUUGUGGUCAUGGCUUGCAGAUUGAUGAUGACGAUUGGUGAUGGUUGGUUCUGACGAUGGUGAUCAAUCAAUAUGAUGAUCAUGAUGAUUUAUGGUGAUUUCUGAUCAUGAUCGCUUCUAAUGGUUGAUCAAUGCUUGUGAUCAUAGCUUGCAGAUUGAUGAUGACGUUUGGUGAUGGUUGGUGCCGACAAUGGUGAUCAAACAGUAUGGUUAUGAUCAUGACGAUUUAUGGUGAUUUCUGAUCAUGAUCACUGGUCACGACGAUGUUGACAAUCAAUGGUGAUUGACCAUGAUGAUAUAACGACAUGAUAAGCGAAAUUGCGAAAUUACUUUCUUUUAGAAUUGGGAACCACAAUCACAAACCUAUCUGUCAAUUUGUUGAAUCACAUUUUGUUUUGCGAAUUUAAAAAAAGAUUGGGAGACAAAAGUAAUGAACCAACAAUUUGCACGAUUUUUGCGUGGCAAUCAAUAAAUUCAACAAUUAACAGAAACAUUAUUUACGUUAGUAAUAACAGACUUGACGUCAAAACUAACACGAAGAACUAUCACGUGACAAUUUGCCGUGGUUAAAGCACACUGAUAUUAACGACACUCUAAUCACAUCAAAUUAAUUGACUAAGGCACAAAUAUGUUAAAGAGUUAUAAAUUUCCACGUCAUUCGUUUCAACGUGAACUUUGCUAAGCCUUUAUUGAACCUCUAACACGAUAAUAAUUCUAUGGAAUUAAGCAGUAGAUCUCUAAAGUAUAACACAGCAUUAGACACGGGAUGGGGGUUUGGGUAGAAAGGGAAUCGAAUAAAAUGUACUUGACUUUCCAAAAAAACAUAAAUAAACAAAACUGAAUGGUUGUCGAAAAAUUUUACUACCCAGGUACUAUAAAAAUGUCUAGCCCACAAAACAGGUAGAAAAAAAUAAAACGAGAUUUUUGAUAUUUUUAUAUGCGGAAGUGCUUCCAGUUAUAGGUUUCCUGUGUUUUAUUAUCAUUUAGAGUUGUUAAUGUUUGGUUUGGAGUUUAUAAAAAAACAGUAAACGGACUUUAAUUUUAAUUUAUUUAUUGGACAUAAAAAGAACCGUAACUAAACAAAAUGUAAGAGCUCUCUCUGACUGUAAGGUAGAAAUCACAAUACAAGUUAAGGUUUUAAAUACGUGAAUAAAUUUGUCUACGACGAUCCCGAAUGAUAAAUAUCAACUGACGAGGCAAUAAAGAUAAUAAAAAAAACAGAAAACUAACACUACUUUGAACAGAAAACAUGCUUAAAAACAUUGCAAGCUACGAAACAGAAACGUCAACUGGCCAAUCAAAUCCAUGAACACAUGACAGCACUUGAAAAUCACGUGAAGAAAGACGAUGUUGACGACAAACACACAAUAGUCUACAAGGGAACGGACAGAAUACAAGUUAGAUCGAAUCUAUAAGGACAGGUGCAUGCGGCGUUGCUAGAAAUUGUCUACGCAUUUUAAAUACAAUGUGGUGUAGCUAUAUGUCAAAAAUAUACUUUAAUGACUGGCUGUCACUACUCUGCGGAUUUAUGUGGUAAACUAUGAUGAUUGAUGAUGAAUGCGAGACUGGAAUUUCUAGGCACACCUAUAAAAUUUAAUAUUAAUUGUGUACACUAGGGCCCAGGCUCAUUUAUAGUACAGUACUGGCGCUUGAUUUUUUGAGAAAAAAGCACAAUUGUUUUAAUACGUGACCGUUCCUUUUAUCGAUUUCUUGCUUACUAAGGACGAACACAGCAACCAUAGGUUUGGGUCACGAAAAAAUGGGGGAUGGGGGGAGAGGGUUAAACAGUUUAGGCUUAGGUUUAUUGAUUUUGCUCUCACUCUUACUCUUUGAAUGCCUACAUAAGAUGGAAAAUGGUUUCGAAUGUCGUAAAUCAAUGCUCUAGGUGACCCCCCGUCUAUUGAAAUAAGACCCAGGUCGGUACGGUACUUCUAUUUAGUUUUUUUGACUGAUGCUCUUGCAGUUUCAAUGCCUCUUUGGUAGACGAGUGUGUGCCAUUAAAAGGAAGAGAAAGGAAGGAGAAGAGAAAAAACAAAUGGAGUUAAGUAAGCAGAGAACUGUGAAAACAAUUGGCUAGAAUGAGUACAAGAUUACAGAAUACUAUGAGGAAUCGAGCAACAUCACUGCAAAGGUGACAAAAUUGUAGUUUGUACUGGUACGAACACUCUGGAACGUUACCGCAUUGAUGUUUAACUUAACAGCAUAGAUACUAGAGAAAGAAAAAGCUAGGGAUUCGUAAGGUCCAAAACCGAUGUGGAAAGUUGUGCCAAAGCAUGAGAUCGAGCUGGCAUACGGUUCUAUCAAUUAUCUUUCACUAGAGAAAUAACAUCAAUUCCUCUCCUCACCCAACUGUUUACCACAUAAAUCGUUGGCUUGUUGGCAAUAAAUUCCUUUUACAAAGGCCAUAAUUAAAUAUCCUUGCAUGUGUUUGCCUGGUUUAAUCUGGCGUGGUACUUAAGUUAUCAAAUAUAGGCUUACCCUCACAGGGUCCAUAAAUAGCGCGCGUUAAAUCUUAAGAAAGUGUGGUGGUCUGCACACGAAGAGUUAAAGUGAACCCGCUUGAGUCAGCCAAUACGACUGUCCUUUUAGCUCCAAAAGGUGUCAUUCCAAUUCCGUAAAAAAGAGUCAUUUUAAGUAAAUAAACAUGACAAGGUAAAAAAAUUGAUGUUCAAAAAUUUACUUGGAAGUUUUCUAUUCCGACGUCGUUGGAAAUUUGUAUUUCCCAUUUUACAAUAGAAAAAAUAUUAAAGGCCCAUUAUGUAUGUCGUAAUAAGCGACAAUUUUUAAAAAAAACCAUAUCGAAAUUAAACAUUCAAAGCUUUGGUAUUAACAGUCAGAUAACAUCAAGUUUUAGCCCAGUAAACUGCCUGGGUUUGAAAUUAUCCCUCAGAGGAUAUAAUAGGUUUAGCAAAAAAUUAUCGCCAUUUAGAACACACCCGCGUAAACUGUUUUGUCGUAAAAAUAUCAGCGCAAGGCAAACUUGCAAUUAUAAGCUAUAUAUAAACUUGAUCUUAUACAUAUUUAAGGGGAGAGAUUGGCCUAGAGCUGUAACAAAUAUGAUAAACUGAUCCGUAACCCCGUAACAGUUACGAAGUGAUCGAAUUUUACUACAUAUUUGCGAUAAAAACCCCGAUAUUACAAUAGAUCAUAACGAAGUCCACGUACCUUAAAUACAAUAAACACCAUUAUUAAUAUGGACGAUUGGCAUCUUUAGGUCGUUUCAGUUGGACUUUGAGUCUUUUGUUUCCAAUUUGGAAUCCGUGCAUUGCCUGAAUAGCGUUUUGUGCAGAAGAGGCGUUGUCGUAACUUACAAAACC